AUGCAGCGCGGUUUGGGAGGCCCAGCCCGCCGCCAUCCCUCCGCGCACCCACACCCACUUACGGGUCCGACCCCCCUCACUCUGCUCCCGCUCAGGCCGCGCGCCCCCGCAGUCCCCACGGUCGCCCGUGACCCGGCGCGCACAUCUUUCCUUGCCUCAGCCCGGGUGCCUCCUCAGCCCCUACUCAGGCGCCGGCGCCUCGCCAUCCCCGCCACCGUCCCCGCCAUCCUUGUGGCCCGCUCGUACCUGCCUCGCCUCAGCCGCCGGGCCCCACCACCCGGCCCGCACUCCACGCCACGCGUCUCUCGCACCGGCUACUCCUCUUUUUCUUCCGUCCACGUCCCACAAGAUGACGUUACGUCAGCAGCGCUGGAGUCAACCCAGGCCGCAAAGCCUCCGCUGUUGACGCGAGGCGGCUGGCUGACCCCGAGCUGCGCUGCGGCAAUGGCGUAG